AAAAGUUGCUUAACUAAUCACAUAUUGUAGUUGUUUGAAAUUUUCUUCAUCAUGUCAAGUUUUCAAUCUCUUCAAACUACACCGGAAACUAAAUCCGAAGAAGAUGUUGAGUAUAACAAAAUAUGUGAGAAGCACAAGCAGUUGAUAGAAACACUACCCAAAGUGGAUGGGUGGUGGGUACAACACAUGUAUAACUACCAUGACUUCUGGUUAAGUUCCUAUAUCCUAAAAAACAACUUGCUUCUACAUACCUUUUUCAAAUCUCAACCCACCGACAUCUUCUUGGCCUCCUUCAUGAAGACCGGGACUACCUGGCUUAAGGCAUUGAUGUUCUCUACCCUUAACCGCCAUCGCUACAACUUCUCUGACCAUUAUCUACACCACCACGGCCCACAAAGCGCCUUCGUUUUGUUGGACUUGGAAACCUACCCUAUUACCGACUUCACCAACUUAUCCCAUCCUCGACUCUUUGCUACCCACUUGGCUCACACUCUACUACCAGCUUGCAUGAGUUCAUGCAAAUUCGUCUACGUUUGUAGGGACCCCAAAGACGUGUUAAUUUCCAAGUGGCAUUUCAUGAGCAAACUCAGAUCCAAAGAUCAACCUCCCCUUUCAUUAGAUGAAGCGUUUGAGCUUUUUUGCCUAGGGGUGUCAGAGUACGGGCCAUUCUGGGAACAUGUUUUGUCAUACUGGAGAGUUAGCUUGGAAUUUCCGGACAAAAUUUUGUUCUUGAAGUAUGAGGAAAUGAAGAAACAGCCGGAAGUGGUUGUGCAGAAGCUGGCAGCUUUCAUGGAGAAGCCAUUCACGGCGGAGGAAGAGAAGAAAGGGAUGGUGGGGGAUAUUGUUAAGUUGUGUAGCUUUGAGAAUUUGAGUAACCUAGAGGUGAACAAGACAGGCGUCGAGAAGUUUGCCAACAUGGUGGAGGUUGAAAAUCGAGACUUUUUCAGAAAAGGAGAGGUCGGAGAUUGGAAAAACUAUUUGAGCGAGGAAAUGAAAGAACAUAUUGAUAGAAUCACUGAUGAGAAAUUGCGGGGUUCGGGUUUGAUCCUUACUACAACAGUUUAAGUGAAUGAGGUCAUAGAUGGCUUUUUCCUCAUUGUCUUCUAAUUCCUAUUUUCUCUUUGGGUGAUUUGAGUUUGUGGUCACUUGAUGUUGCUCCUAUGGUGGUUUGUUUUGUAUCCAAAAAAGCUCCUCCUUAUAUCUAUGUAAACUAAUAAAAUGUAUUUCCAAAAUGUUGUUUUCUUACAAAAUAAAUUACAUGUGUGUGGU